UCCUAAUCGUAGGGUUCCUAAAAACUGGAACUAAAAGUAUGUGUGAGGCAUUGGCGCUACUUGAUUACAAGGUGUCAUACCAUGGCAGAGAUUUCAGCGAAUUAUAUGAAUAUUGGAAUAAGUUUUUAGACGGAAAAGGCCGACCUGAAGAGCUGCGAAAAUGUUUGAAGGCUUUGAUACUCUCAGUGAUAUUCUUGCAAUGGCUUAUUGGAAAGAGUUUUUGGUUGCAUUUCCAAAUAUAAAGCUCAUUCUCACGAUGCGUGAGCGAAAAAGCUGGGUGAAAUCUUACAUAAAUCAGCUGACAAAAUACAACCAAUCGGCAUUAAGUUUCCCUCUGUCCAUAUUUUCACCAACAGCCAGACGCUGGUGGGACUUUCAUUGCAGACCACUAGCCAAAGUUUGUAAACUACCCACUACGAAGCAUUUUUCAUUAAGGAAAUGCUUUCCUAUUGACAACGAAGAAACAUGUUUGAAAUUUUAUGACGAAUACAAUGACGACGUUAUAAAAGAAAAUCAUAUUCUUUUAGUUUUGGGUUCCCGUGAUUUAUUCUUUGUUGUCCCGAUGGUCGUCUAG